GAAAAUUAAAAGAGAAUUAAAAAAAAAAAAACCCUUAAGAAAAGGAAAACGUUGGGUAUCUUAAUAUGUAAAAAUAAAAGGUCAAAAAGGUUAAAUUUGCCGCCAGUUCUGCAUCUUAAGCCCUCCCGCGAAGAUUAUGAAAAACCUGCGCCGAUCAAUUCCGUGCCGGAGAGAAGAGAUCACGAAGAAGAAGAGAUCGAAGAAGAAAAAGAGAUGGAUACAGAAUUGCGGUAUUCUGCAACUGCGGAAGAUCCCAUGGCGGCCAUUAGGGAAGCCAAGCUUCAAUUAGCAACCCGGGUCGAGACCCUCCACGAUGCUCAGCUUGAGCUCAUCGCCUCACUCGUCCAAACCCUUGUGCCUGACCUCGUCUCUUCUCUCGACCCUUCUCUUAAAACUAUUUCUUCCUUCAAUCCAGGUCGACCCUUUAUUCCGCUUCCCAUUCCCGUUUCCCGCCCUCAAAAACGAAAAGCCCUCUCCAUUCCCAAAUCCGAGCCAUUGAUAAUGGUAAAUAAGCAGAAGAAGAAGCUGAGUGCUCAAUCUCUUCUGUCAAUAGAUGGAGUGCCGCCAACGGCAGAGGAUGAUGGUGGAGUGGAGCUUGAUGAUAUUGUGGCCAGUAAGCCGCUGGAGAGUAAACAGCCUUACUAUCAGUCCAAUUCUGAGUUCAAAUGUUGCAAUCUUGGUCCUCCGGCUAGCAUUAGUAAUAUUGGUGGUGGGGGUUUUAGGAAUCCGAGAGAAAUACCUCCUCCUUCUCCUGGUGAUGGGAAGCGGAGUAGGUCGGAGGAAGAGGAUGAUAUGAAGGAAAUUGAGGCUUUGUUUAAUAAGAAGAGUUUUUGUGAACAGCAGAAGUCAAAGGUUGGGGAAGAGCUUGUGGACCUUAUUCACAGACCCACUGCUAAGGAAGCUGCUAUGGCUGCCAAGUUCAAAAGCAAAGUUUCUCAAGUGAGAGAGUAUUGCACGGCAGCGACCAAGGAAGACUGUCGAUGUCAGUCUGGUUCAUUUAUCGCCUGCCAGAAGGUUCAUUUCCGGAGAAUAAUUGCUCAUACAGAUGUCACUACGGGUAACUGCCCUUUCCUCGAUACUUGUCGCAAUAUGAAGACGACAUGCCCGCAUGUGCAUUACGUACUCGACUCAACCCCGGAUAUGCCUGCAUUGGGGGCACUUACUCCUCCCAAGCUUUUAACGCCUCAAAGGGAUGUGCAUUACUGUUCGGAAGUUGAGCUUGGUGAACCGCAAUGGAUUAACUGUGAUAUACGGAAUUUUAAAAUGGAUAUUCUCGGGCAUUAUGGCGUUAUCAUGGCCGAUCCACCAUGGGAUAUUCAUAUUGAAUUGCCUUACGGGACAAUGGCUCAUGAUGAAAUGCGAACACUUAAUGUUCCAGCUUUGCAGACUGACGGUCUGAUUUUUCUGUGGGUGACUGAACGUGCAAUGGAGCUGGGGCGUGAAUGUUUGGAGCUAUGGGGAUACAAACGAGUUGAGGAGAUCACCUGGGUGAAGAUUAACCAGCUGCAGCAUACAAUCAAAACAGGCCGAACUGGGCAUUGGUUGAAUCACAGUAAGGAGCCCUGCCUUGUUGGAAUAAAGGGUAAUCCACAAAUAAAUAGAAAUAUCGACACUGACGUCAUUGUUUCUGAAGUCAGAGAGACAAGUCGGAAGCCAGAUGAGAUGUAUUCUUUGCUUCAGCGGAUCAUGACCGAGGCUAGAAAGCUAGAGUUGUUUGCUCGGGUGCAUACUUGUCAUCCUGGGUGGAUGUCUCUGGGUAACCAAUUAAAUGGCGUGCGACUAGUAGAUGAAGGCCUUCGGGCAAGGUCCAAGGCUGCUUAUCCUGAUGUUGAGGUGCAACCCUCAUCACUGCCAAGAUCAGGCGUAAGGAAUUCUUUAGGGGAAGGCGUAUCGAAGACCUUGGGAGCCCCACAUGUCCAGGCUACCAAUCCUACUGCUUACGACUUCUCAGUAGAAGCCCUCGCAUCUUGAUGUGGAUGUAACCAGCUAGCAUCCUUGUUAAGUUGAUUAUCUGUAGGGUUAGAUUAUGACCUUUCCAGUAACCUAGUCUACAGCGAGGAAAGGAAUGGGCAUUUGACUGUCGAAUUCAACUAUUUAAUCAUGCAGCGAACCCCCAGUUCAUUGAGGGUUUUGUAAAUGUUUAUACAUGAUUUUAUCCUGCCGCAUACCGCAAGGAUAAGAGAUGAGUUGCUGGGCAGUUUUUGCCUCUCCAAUGCCUUAAAUGAAAAUCUAAUAUUUACAAUGUGGAUGAAGUUUCAGUGUUAAUAAUCUCAAAAGUUUCACAAUGUUGCUCUUGGGAUUGUGGAACGAUCAUAGAUUUGAUUCCAGCCAGAGUUGUGUAUAGUGAAUCUUGAUCCAUUUUCCUUGGGUCUUGCAACAGAAUCAUGUUCUUUAAUUUUUCAGUAUUUUCAUAUGGAGCCCCUCAACUCUUUUUUGGUCCAUGAGGUUGCAAUGUUUGUUUUGUCUAUGGCAAUGCGUCUAUAAGACUGUAAUCAAAAGUUAAAACAAAAUUUGCUUUGCUUUUGCGAUUGAUUGUCGGC